CAGCCUCGUACCCACGUGCGAGUAGUAUAACGAGGUUAACUUUAAACAUGGCGUACACGUUUCCACCACGAGGAUUUCCACAGCAGGAAAACAGUCAACAAAUUCAGCCAAAUUCCGGAAGGCCCCCUUUCCCACCUUACCCGCCACCAAGACAUGUGUUCCAUGGGACACCAAUGGGCAAUCCAACUGGUCAUGACAUUCCUUCGUUUGGAACAGAGAACUUGCAGUUCGGACAGCGACCACCGCCUCCGUUCAUGAGAUUUCCGAAUCCACGCACCGUCUUCAGACCGCCCAGCCACCGAGGCGCAUGGAUGGGAGGCCCGGGGCCACCGAUGCAGUUUGACACACGAACUAGUCAAGUACGUCCGUGCCGUCCGACGUCGCAAUUUAAUCAAUUUAGUCCUACCUUCACAACCGAUAUAACAACUUAUGAGUCUUGGCCGGCAUCAUCAUGCCAGCAACCAGGCAAGAAUGCUCAACAAGGACAAGUUGGGCAGGCUCCUCAGGCCCAUCAGGGGGGCCCUUCCCAUCAAACUGGUCAGAGAAGUCGAACAAAUCAACAAAACAAUUCCAAAGGGAAUGAGUUUUCAAAUCAGAAGAAAUCUAAAAACAGACGAUUGAAGAAGAAAGGACCUGAUAAUCAGAAAGGACCUGGUAAUCAGAAAGGACCUAAACAGAAAGGCCAAGGCAACAAAACCGCACAGAGCCUUUCCUCUGAUGCCACUCCAUAUUACUGUGAUGUGUGUGACCGAGGGUUCAAAGUUCAAGAGUUACUGGAUGAUCACUUGAAGCAACAUACAAAGUGCAGUCACCCAGGAUGUAGGUUUGAAGCUCACUUUAAGGUUGUCAAGAGCCACGUCAAGAUGCAGCAUGGUCCAGGGAGCAAGAAGGUUGCUUGGUUACAUACCUCAGAAGAGAUUACCAGAUGGAGGGAGGAGAGGAAAAGGAACUACCCUUCUGCCGCCAACAUUGCAAAGAAAGAAGAAAUGUCUCGAAACAACAAAGAGCAAGGAGUUGCACUUCAGAACAAGUUUUUUGGCAAAAUGAGACAGCAUAAAAAUAAACGAGGCAAGCAUCAACUCAAAGUUCAAACCAUGGAUCAGGGCAUGGAUGCAAAGAAGCCCAGGAUAAAUAUGACAGAUUCGAGUGAUCUGAAGCCCAAGAUUGAGACUGAAUCUGCUAAGCUUCCAUCAGGUUCUCUUGCAGCUCUUGCAUUAGCAUAUGAUGACAGUGAAGAUGAAGUGACUGAAUUACAGCAAGAGACUGAAGUGACUGCAGUAGAGAGACAUAAGCAGGAUGCAUCCACAAAUCGCCCAACAAACCAUCAAGAACGAUUUCACAAUAAGUAUAAACAGAAGAACAAAGGUAAAAAUAGGAAGCCAAAUCGAGGUACAAGAUGUGGCAAACAAUUGAAAGAGAAACAACGCUUACAGGAGCAACUGAGACGAAGACCUAACCUACUGGAAAUGCUUUUGGCUCCAGAUAUCCGACAUGAGCGCAACAUUAUUUUACAAUGUGUGCGAUAUGUUGUCCAGAAUGACUUCUUUGAAAUUGGUGAACCAAACAUAACACAGAGCAUAGCAUCAGAGGGACCCUGCCUAAAUGCCACAGAGACUAAUGGAACCAGACAGGACUAUGAUGUACAAGAUGAUUGUAAAACUCAAGUAUGUCAACUAAAACCAGAGGAGGAUGAUGAGCAAACUUCCUUCGAUUCCAAAGAUGUGGUGACUAUGGAGGAGAAAAGUCUAGUGUCUCAAGAAACUCAUGCUGGAAUUAAAGACGAGACUCACGUAGCAACCAACGGUGACAUCCAGGUUGGUCAUGGAGGAAGUGUGGAAAGAGACAUUCCGAGUAAAGUCAUAGAAAAUCCCCAGGCUGAGUCAGAUAUAAAUGAGAUAAAAGAACCUGUGAAUAACCUUAUUGUACUCAAAGAUGAGGUUCCCAUAGCAACAAAUGGUAGCAUCCCUGAUGGUCUAGGAGAUGAGUGAAGUCAUAGAAAAUCCCCAGGCUGGGCCAGACACAAAUGAGAUUUAAACAAAAAUUUGAAUAACCUUGUUGUACUCAAAGAUUAGGUCCCAUAGCAACAAAUGGUAGCAUCCCUGAUGGUAGCAUCCUUGAUGGUCUUGGAGACGAGUAAAGUCAUAGAAAAUCCCCAGGCUGGGCCAGACACAAAUGAGCUUAAAUAUAAAGAACCUGUGAAUAAUCUUGUACUCAAAGAUGAGGCUCCUAGGGCAAUCAAAGACAAAGUCACUUCAGGUCUUGAAAAAGAAGUGGACGAUUUGAAAAUUGACAAACUAGCACAGAGUGAAGGAAAUCUUAAACAAUUUGAACAUUGACAAAACUAGCACAGAGUGAAGGUCAACAGAAUCUUCUUGAUGAAAGUGAUAGGGAAAAGUUGAUGACUCCCUGCUAUUAGCACAUUCUUAUAAAAGGUCGUUGACGGGAAAAACAUGCAUGAUAUUUUGAUUCCUUGUUUUCAAUCCAAGAAGGAUGGCAACAUCAGGGAGUGUCAAAGGAAUCUUGCAGGACUUAAGUUUACAAGGCGAUCACAAAUAAUAAAACUUUUUGUUACUUGAUGAUGUACAUGAUGGUACGUAGACGAGAAUAACUGUCACUUUAACGUCCAAAGAUGACAAAGCAGCAGGGAAAAUGUAUUGAAAAGCCCUUGAAUAAAUAAGCCAACCAGCAACAAAAACAAAAUUGAUUCAGAUAUAUUAUUAGACUGCUAGAGUUAUUAAGCAGGUUGAGCUGGUUGAAAUAACAGUCCAUGCAUUUUUAUUAAUUUCAGCUUGUGAAAUUGACCUUACUUUUGUUUAACUCAUUUGAAUAACUCUUCCAACACACUGUUUGUAAGUACUGACAUGCUGUUGAUGCGGAAGUAAUGUUAUUAUAUGAACUAUUUAUUAUUCAAAUCUUUUUCACUAUCCUUGUUAUACACAAAAAAAUAACUUAAUAAUGAAAUGGAAGUACAUUGUUAAAUAUUGUUAUUUGGGUUUAAAGGG